GUGGUUGUGCCGGAGCUUGGAGGUGACGGAGCUCUGGGGCAGCGCUGGGAUGGCGGUGACGCUCGCAGGGUCCCCACUGCUCCCUCUUCUUGCUUUCUUGGUGAUGGGGCAUGGAGCAAGCUGGGGAGAGGAGUGACUGCAGUAACCCCACAGGGACCCUCUGUGCGGUUGUGCCUUCUGCCCGGGAAGCUGAGGCACGCGUGGGGCAAAGCAGCGUGUCUAAGGUCAUCACCCACCCCAGGCCUGAGCUGCUCCUGGGCUCUGCCCUUUGGGGUGCGCUGCUGCCCCCCAACCCGGGGAGGUGCUGGGUGCAGGGCGAGCAGCAGCACUGCCCUCACCCCUCCCCCUGCCUCACUUUCCCCUCUGCAUCGCUGCUCCCAGCCAGCCUGUCCCCACCGGCCGCUGCGGUGCUUCUCAGCAGCACUCCCAGAGCCAGACGUAGAGAGGUGUCCCCAAUUCCUCCUUGUUUUUUAGCCUGCUUUGACUGGCGUGCAAAGGAAAGGGAAACGUAUUUGCAAGGGUGUAGCCUGUAAAGAAUCGCUGCUCGUCAGCCUGCGCUGCCGUGGGUGUUGGAGAGGAGAGCAGUGAGAGGCGGAGGGCGGCUGCUGCAGCCAGGGCUCUCCCGCGCCUGCCCCCGGCAGCAGACCUUGGUUAUCCCUCGCUCGGUGCAGAGGCCGAUCUUUCCCGGCACUGGUCGGCAUCACCACGCACCUUCGCCGGCACAACUGCUCGUGCUGCCCGCGGUCCCUGGGAGGGUCGUGUUAGUGCUCGUUUGUUGAGGGAUCGAUGCGCAGGCUGGCUUGCGCUCGUGUACGCUUGUGCAAAAACCCAGCGUGCACCUUCCUGUGCGUGAGCUGGCGCCUGGGGUCCCCGCAGGGUGCUGCGGAGGAGUUUUUCAAUCUAAGGGAUGGAUUUUUGUAGCUCCCUCCUUUAAACGUGCAUUUAAGCUGCAGCUGAGCACAAUUCAGGGGCGAGUGCUGGCAAGUGGCAGCAUGGGCUCUCCCGUGUGCCUGUGCUGACGCUGGCAGCCAGCGAGGGGUCUCUGCCUGCGGCUUCUGCAGGUGACAUCAGAGAAGUGACCUGGGGGUGUCAAAAUAUCUCUUAGCUUGUGACACUGGUGGGGAAAGAGCCUUGCAAAGCUGCUGCCCACGAACUGAGCUCUGCAGGCGUGUGCGUGCCUUUCCAUCUGCACAUGAGAGUUUUGGGGGAUGGUUUGGUUCAGAGAGGGUAGAGAGGGUCCCGACGGCCGGGAGAGGUCUCUGCUGUGGCGCCCAUGCUCCUGCCACGCUGCGGCUUGACCCUUGUCUGUGUUUCCUCCUCUCUCUGCGGGCGAGGAUCCCCGGACAGGAGGUCUCUCUUCGUGCCUGUCCACCAUGCCAGCACCCCGCCACCACCUAGGCUGAGCAUGCUGGCAUCCGGACUUACUUCUUCAGCGCCGAGAACACGGAGGAGCAGGAGUCCUGGAUCCAAGCCAUGGGCGAAGCUGCCCGGGUGCAGAUCCCCCCGACCCAGAGGCACGAGAAACCAGACUCUGAAAACAUCCCCCCCAGCAAACACCACCACCACCACCGCAACGCUACCCACCGUGAGCACCCCAAAGCCGACCCUGACACCAAGACCCGGGGGGAAGGCGAUGGCCGUGGCUCGGAGAAGACUGAGAGGAAAUCGGAGAGGACAGAGAGCAAGAAAGAGCCCUUGGCCAAAGCCAACGGCAUCGCUGGGCAGGAGGUGCCCUCAGAGCCUGGCAGUCCUUACCCCGAGGCACCCCGGGUGCCGGCAAGCGUGGAGCGGCCACCCCAGGCCAACGGCUGGCCGUACGCAUCUCCCAGCCGCCCCGGCAGCACCGCAUACCCCCCGCCCGACGGGGAGAGCGUGGCCCACCGCCGGGGCUUUGCCCCCCGCACCAACCCUGAGAAGAUCGCCCAGCGCAAGAGCUCCAUGACGCAGCUGCAGCAGUGGGUGAACUCGCGCCGGGGGAACAUGCCCCCCGAGGAGCUGCGGAGCCCCACCAGGUUUUACCCCGUGUCUCGCCGAGUGCCCGACUACUAUUCCCCCUACUCACCCCAGUACCCCGAGGACUACCAGUACUACCCGCCCGGGGUGCGCCCCGACAGCAUCUGCUCCAUGCCCGCCUACGAGCGGGUGAGCCCGCCCUGGGCACUGGAGGACAAGCGGCAUUCCUUCCGCAACGGGGGCACCUACCAGCUCCGCGACUGGAAGGAGCACCCCGGUUUUGGCCGGCAAGAUGUCCCGCUCUGGCUGCCCGGUCCUGGGAGGCAACCAACCUACUUGGACGAGGUGGAUGCAGCCUCGGGCUCUCUGCGACGGAUGUCACUGCAGCCCCGCUCCCGCUCCGUGCCCCGCUCGCCCAGCCAGGGAUCCUACAGCCGGGCGCGGGUAUACUCCCCGGUUCGCUCACCCAGCGCCCGCUUUGAGCGGCUGCCACCCCGGGGAGAGGAGAUUUACGCUGACCCCACCACCUUCAUGAUGAGGCGAUCCAUCAGUUCUCCAAAGUAUGACUAUCUGGGCGACAGACGGCCCAUCCCUGCGGGAAUGUAUCCGUACCACUAUCCGGCAUCCCCCACUGUCCAUGACAAAAUGGAUGAACUUUUAGACCUUCAGUUGCAAAGAAACCUAGAGUAUUUGGACCAGCAGAUGAGUGAGAGCGAAACCCUGAUCAGUAUGGUGAACAGGAUGGUGGAGACCUCCUCCCCUAGGGCUCAGCUCUACAUGCAAGUGACGCCCUUCCCGGAGGCCUACAGGGAGACAGUGCACGCCUACAAGAUAAGCGAGCAAGACACUGAUAAGCUGCUGGGGAAGCUCUGUGAGCAGAACAAGGUGCUUCGGGAGCAGGAGAGGCUGGUGCAGCAGCUCCGAGCAGAGAAGGAGAGCCUGGAGAGUGCCCUGAUGGGGACGCACCAGGAGCUGGAGAUGUUUGGGAGCCAGCCCGCCUUCCCGGAGAAGCUGCUGCACAAGAAGGAAUCACUCCAGAACCAGCUCAUCAACAUCCGCGUGGAGCUGUCGCAGGCCAGCACGGCCUUGGCAAAUAGCACUGCUGAGUAUGAGAGCCUGGAGAGCGAGGUGUCCGCCCUGCACGACGACCUCUGGGAGCAGCUGAACCUGGAUAUCCAAAACGAAAUGCUCAACCGGCAGAUCCAGAAGGAGAUCUGGCGGAUCCAGGAUGUGAUGGAGGGGCUGAGGAAGAACAACCCGUCCCGCGGCACAGACACUGCCAAGCAUAGAGUGGCCAUCGGCCCCUCGGGGACGUACAGCUCCAACAGCCCCGCCAGCCCCCUGAGCUCAGCCAGCCUUACCAGCCCCCUCAGCCCCUUCUCCCUCAUCUCCGGCUCCCAGGGCUCGCCCACCAAGCCAGGACCCGGCGAGGAACCAGGCCCACCUCGACCUCCCCUCCCCAAGUCCUACGUACCCCUGGAGUCUCCUCCGACCGUUCCUCCGCUCCCCGGCGAGAGCCGCCUCUGGCCGUACCCCACCUCCCCUUCCUGGCAGCAAGGUGGCGAGGCGAAGAGGGGACAGCCCAAGCCAAGCUUCGAGCAGAGCAAGAAAGAGGUGCAGCGAGCAGCCCCCACCGGGCCGUCUGCUGAGGGGCUCCCGCAGAGCCGGCAGGAGCAGGAGGCAGAGAAGCAAGCGGCUCUCAACAAGGUGGGCAUCGUCCCCCCCAGGACCAAGUCUCCAGCAGAGGAGGAGGUGGUGCCUGUGGCUGGUGUGCCAAGGAGGAGCACCGGUGGCAUGGCCAACGGGCUCAGCUCUCGGGAGAGACCAAAGAGCGCCGUGUUUGCCAACGAGACGAAGGUGAAGAUGAGCGUGGAGGAGCAGAUUGACCGCAUGAAACGCCACCAGAGCGGCUCGAUGAAGGAGAAGCGGCGCAGCCUGCAGCUCCCCGGCAGCCAGCAGCCCGACAUCCCCAGCACAAAGGCACCCACCUCCUACAAGCUGGUGCGCCGGCACCGCAGCAUCCACGAGGUGGACAUCUCCGACCUGGAGGCAGCGCUGCGCUCCGAUGACCCCGGCAAGGUCUACGAGACGCCCCAGGAGGAGAUCGCCCGGCUGCGCAAGAUGGAGCUGGAGCCGCAGCACUAUGAUGUGGACAUCAACAAGGAGCUCUCCACGCCAGACAAAGUCAUCAUCCCUGAGCGGUAUGUCGAACUGGAGCCUGACACGCCGCUCAGCCCUGAGGAGAUGAAGGAGAAGCAGAAGAAGGUGGAAAGGAUCAAGACACUUAUUGCCAAAUCCAGCCUGCAGAACGUCAUCCCCCUGGGCGAGGGAGAGGUGGAUGCCCCCCAGGACCCCGAAACCCAGCUGCAGGAGCAGGAGAAGAGGAUAGAGAUCUCAUGUGCACUGGCUGCUGAGGCCUCCCGCCGGGGCCGCAUGCUCUCGGCUCAAUGCGCUACCCCAAGCCCUCCCACCUCCCCAGCCUCCCCGACUCCACCGACCAACCCCCUCUCGUCUGAAACAUCCCGGGUCGCCGACAACAGCCAUUUUAUGCGUGUCUGAGCCAUGAACUCAAGCCCUGGCUGCUGCUGGCACCAUCAAGUUCCAUGGGGCCACGUUUUAGCACCCCAAUAUGACACCGAACCUCUCACCAUCGUUUUUGGUUCUCCUGGACCCCCUUCCCUCCCACCGAUGGCGAGACCACCCUGUACAGCUGAGCAGGAAGAUACAUUGCCGACUGCAAAGCUUCUCUUCCCUGUCCCGGAGAAGAUGUGCAGGUGACGGGAGGUUGUCCGCUGGAGCGUGCUGCCCGAGGAGCCCGCGGGCUGCCAGCUGGCACGGGGACAGAUCUGCAGUGUCCUGGGCAUCAGGCUUGCAUGGACAGCCAAGCAGGGGCAUCUGCAGCAGCGGCCCCCGCCACAGCAGCUGUCUCCCUGCCAGGGGAGCGUAGGACUCCCUGGGCUCCCUGUGCUGAUGCGUUGGUCUCCCAAAGGUCUGUGAAGGGGCUCUUCUGGGUGGAGACCAGCCAGUCCCCACCGUGGAUGGUGCUUCCACUGGACCUGGAUGCUCCAUCGCUGCUCCUUGGGCACCUCUUCCCCUCCCUGUGCCCUGAACCUGCUUUUAGCAUCCAUCUGGCUGGGGGUAGUAGCCAGCAGAGCCUGGCCUGUCCAUCGCUCCUCGCUCUGGUGGGUCAGCAGGAGGAAGAAGGAGCUGUAUCGGGGACAGGGCGGCUGGAGGUGGGACCGGGGGGAGGACACGGAGGAGCCCAGGGGAGCAGCGUGCUCAGGAUCGAGGUGAUAUGAGGCCUGCCCGGGGCACCGGUGCGCCGCUGGCACGGAGCAGGAGGUCUGGGCAGGGAUGGGGAUGUUGCAUGGGAGCAGAGGGGCGGUGGAAUGGUGAAGCCAUGGGGUUGGCAGGGAUCCAUCUGCGGUGGAUGGGGAUGGUGACAAGAAGGGGAAGGAGCUUGGGAGCCAGGCGGUAGCAGCGGGGCUCAUCCUUGGCACGGGGAGCAGCGCCGCGGCUCCCCCCACCUUGGCGGCUUGCCCCAAGACCUUGCCAUUGCACUCCAGACCCUUCAGUGUGUUUGGUUUUCCUGUAGCAAGUUUAACCUUUUCUUUAGCUUUCUGGAGUGAGGAAAAAAAGCUGGUUCUGCCUGGAAAAGGGGAAUCCCACGCGAGGUUGUGCAGUUGGCAGGGCUGCUGCGAUGGGGCCGGGGUGGACAAGGUGGAUGGAGUUGAGGAGCUAGAUGCCAUCCAUCCUGCAGCUAUUUCCCUACUGGCCUGAUCCUGACACCCACCAGGACGCCUGCCCCGUGCUCCCCCCUCUGCAUCCCCAUCGCCCCCCGCGCACCCCAUCUUAGCAAUACUGGUGGCAUCCCAGGAGCCCCGAGUCCCGUGCCGCUCCAGAGCCUCCCGCAGCCCUCUUAGCUCAUAAAGCUGGCCCUUUAUUUUGCUAUUACAUGCCUUAAUAUAUGUUUUAUGGAAAUUAUACAUUUAUAAUAUAUAUCUAUAUUUGUUUUUCUCUUCUUUUCUGGGAGGUACUGUUUUGUGCUAAUCUCUCUCUCCGCAGGGUUGUUGGCACCAGCCCUGCCAAUGAGUUACAAAAGCAGAUUCUUCGCCAAUUUAUCAGAGAAAGAAAAAAAAGAAAAAAAAAAACCUAUUUAAAAAAUAUAUAUAUUUUCUGCUUUUAUUAAAAGCAAAUUUAUUUAAAAUAAAAUAUAAAGAGACUGUAA